AUGGUCAAUCUUACCGGACCGUUCAUGGGAAUUGGAUGGUCAAUCCAUACCGGACCGUUCAAAAAUGGUCAAUCCAUACCGGACCGUUCAUGGGACCAUUGGAUGGUCAUGAUCCAUCGCGGACCGUUCUGGAAUUGGAUAAUCCAUUUAAUUAUGGUCAAUCCAUACCGGACCGUUCUAGGGUGGAUGGUCCCAAUCCGCCACCAACCGUUCAAUGGUCAAUCCGCGCCGGACCGUUCAUGUUUGGUCAAUCAACCGGACCGUUCAUGGGACAAUCCAUGCCGGACCGUUCUUAAAUUGGAUGGUCAAUUUGGAUGGUCAAUGCGCCGGACCAUUCACGAGGUUGGAGAUUUCAUUGGAUUCAGGACCGUUCGCCAGGAAUUGGAUGGUCAAUCCAACCGGACCGUUCUAUCAAUCCAUACCCGGACCGUUCAUGGGAAUUGGAUGGUCAAUUCGCGCCAUAAUCCCCGGACGUUCCAGGAAAUUGGCCGUCCGAUGGUCAAUCCAUACCAGGCCGUUCAUGAAUUGGAUGGUAUCCAUACCGGACCGUUCAUAGGUCAGUCACGCCUAUACAAUAUCUGUAUAAUCCAUACCGGACGUUCCUUGUGGGAAUUGGAUGGUCAAUCUUCCAGGCCGUUCAUAGGAAUUAGAUGGUCAGUCAACCAAUCCAUAACCGCGUUCGCAGGAAUUGGAUACAAUUCCAGUCCAUACCAGGCCGUUCAUAGAAAAUUGAAAUCAAGAAAUCUAUUUGGAUGGUCGCAAAUGUCCCUCCUUGUAUUGGUAAAUUCUUGGGAAAUAAUACAUAGUUCGGUCAAAAUCCAACCACCAGAAUGGUCAAUUACCAGGGACCGUUCAUAG